AUGCUGCCAGAGAUGGAUUCUGCUGCAGCUCCAGACGGCGAUGGUGGCAAAGCCAUGGAACCACAGCCUGAAGUGGACGGCAGUGUCAUCUCGAUACCAACCCUCUCAGUCACGGAAGCUGGAGAGGAAGCUGAGGAAGGGGGAGAAGAAGCGGACGCCAUUGAUCCUGCUCAACUUUCGGCGCCCACGAAGAAACGAAAGAACAAGAAAUCAACAUCUGGCAGGGGUCCAACGGCUUUGCCCAAGAAUCGCGGUAAUGGAUUUGAAGAGUAUUUUGCAGACCCUCCCAUGACGCCUGAUGAGGCCAUGGAGGAGAAACAAGAGAUAUAUUCUCCACGCAUCCAGUCUUGCAUUCAGCGUUUCCGCUCUCGUCGCCGCCUCCAAUUCCCGAGAACCACCUACUUCAACGACUACCUCUUCCUCGGCGGCGUGGAUACAAAUCAAGGCGCCUACACUGGACUCGACCCCAGAGAGCUCAAACAGCUCACGCCUGCACAGCGUCGAGAUGCCGCGGCCAGAGAUGUCGUCUACGAAGGCACUGGUGGCGGCGACCGCUUCCACGACGGCGACGAAACCAAGUGGACUGUCGACUUUGCCGGCGUUGCGGCAGGCUUUCUCUCCAGAGCAAUCAUCCCCUUGACUGGCCUCGUGGCUGGACCGAUGGAAGACGCAAUCGAUGUGAUUGAGAAUUUUCUUCGAUAUGUCCUCCAUCACGACGUCUGUCCCGAGUAUGAAGAGAAUGUCAAGGAGGCGCUCAAAGUCUGUCUGAUGGCUAGAGAAGAAUGGCCAAUGCUCAACUCUCUGCAAACCGCACUUCCGGGCCUCUUCAACUUUGCCGCGACCGAGUUGUUCUCGAAGACUGAUCCCGACGCAUGGGCCCUUGAUCUGUUUCAGAUUCCCGAGGGAUUCGAUGCAAAGUCUGUCUUCUAUUCGGCCAUUACUAUGCUGGACGACAAUGAAGUGUUUGAGCAUCUCGUUGGAAACGCUGUUGAGCUUGUCAGGCAAUAUGAAUGCACUCUAGAGAUAACAAAGGUCAAUCUCCCAACCACAGAGCUGACUGAGCGAUUCCAGAAGCUGGCCAUCACCACAGACGGCAACAAGAAGAUCCGGCUCUUGUCAUUAGGCAAAAUCACCCUCAAACCAGCCGUGAUUGAGGAUGGAUGGGUCGAGCCAGACAUACAGCAUCCUCUCCAGGGCAAAGAGAUCGACUUGUAUUUCGAGCAAAACAUCCUCGUCAACCUCAAGCCAGGCAUGAAAAUGACGUUGGAGAUCUACGAACUUGGGGCUGGCGUUCGGUUUGUCAAGCACAUUCGCAAGAUUGUCCCCUCAUUCUACACAUUCCUUGCGCAGGAGUUGAUGGUACACUUCAGAGCUCCUCAAGUAAAUGACCGCCCUGCACCAUCAGUGCAUAAUCUUACCGCGGAAGACAAUCAACCAGUGGAGGAAUAA